AUGUCCGGUUUUGUUUCGUCCAAUCUAGGUGCUGCCGCCUCGUUUUAUUUGGCCUUGUACGUAAUCUAUGGUCUUUUCAUGACGACUGUUGUCUUCAAAAAAGGCUUCAAGACCGUGUACACAUUCAUGUGGGUGUUUGGUCUUAUUCGUUUUCUGGGCCAGCUUUGUGGAGUCGUAUAUGCCAAAUUGGGCCCGUCUCAUUACCAAUGGCUCAUUGCAUAUUUGGUUUUGGGUGCCGAAGGCUAUCUCACGUUGAUUCUAGCUGCUUUCCGGUUCACAUGCAAGGCGCAAAUCCGCCAGUAUGGGUUUUCGUGGGUUUUGACCCUGGGGCCCUUUGAUUGCCGCCUUUUUGGCAAACCUUUCUCGUGGAAAUUGAUCUUUCAGAACUUGGUGUUGAUUCCAGCCAAUGUGUUCAUCAUCAUUGGAGGAGUGAUGUUAGCGGGAAUGGACAACGAACAACUUGAAAACCAUUAUGAAGAAGUUAAUUUGUCAAAAGGUCUUCGGACAACUGGCCAGGCCGUUUUUGUUUUUGUGACUUUCACCGUGGUGGUCUUUAACAUCCAUGUGUAUGCGAAAGAAAAAGUCCGCAACUGUCUUACCAUUGCCGUCAUGUGUGCUUCGCCGUUUCUUUUAGUCAGAGGCAUUUUUGGCAUUUUGGCCAUUCAUGUUACAGACAUGAAUUACUUUGAUGCUAGCAACUACACAUCUGGAGGUUCAGCUUCGCAUAAAUUGACCAUUUAUGAGUAUGUUUUAGGCACCACCAUGGAAUUUAUUGUGGCUUGUUGCUUGGUUUCUACAUUGGCAUUUGAAGGAGACAGCCGGGCGAUUGAAGAUGGCACUGAUGAAGACAACUUUAAAGACAUUGACGAAAAGAUCGUUUGA